AAUGAGUUGAGAAAAGGUAGACUCAGGUGCACAGUCUUCUUGUGUUGGAGUCCAUCUCGCAGUAGAUCUUCUCAGAGAUGCAGCUGUCAUUGACUCAACUGUCCUUCUCUGGGACACUGCUUUUGCUGGCAGUAUCAAAUCUGCUCCUUUGGGAGCAUGUGAUCUCCUCACCAAGUCCCCGUUUGUCCACUGGAACCCUAUACCAACGUGUGGUUGGAUUGUCACACUACACUCACGAUCUUGCCUCAAAAGUCUUCGCUGACUUUAAUAUGAAGUUUGGCAGAAACAUUUGGAAACAGAGUCUGAUGUUGGGAACCUGCCACACUGCUGCUAUCCCUACUCCAGAAAACAGUGAGCAAGUCCACCAAACAAAAUCAGAAGAUCUUCUGAAAGUGACCAUCAGCGUUUUACAAGCCUGGGAAGAGCCUCUGAAGCACAUGGUGGCUGCUGUGGCUGCUCUUCCAGAUGCAUCUGAGGUUAUGCUGUCAAACACAAAAGAUUUGGAAGAAAGAAUUCUAGGCCUCCUGGAGGGACUGAAGACCAUACUCAGUAGGGUUCAGCCUGGAGCUGUUGAAAAUGAUUAUACUUUCUGGUCUGGAUGGUCAGAUUUGCAGUCAUCUGAUGAAGACACUCGUAAUAUUGCUUUGUAUACCCUGGGCCGCUGUGUGCGCAGGGAUACACACAAGGUUGACAAUUAUCUCAAGGUCUUGAAGUGCCGAGAUGUUCAUGACAACAACUGCUGAGCUCAUAUCCUGUCCUUUGCCACUGAGAAGGUCCUUGAUAAUCCAGACCUUCAAAGCUCCAUUGAGUCUACAUCUUUGGUAUAUUUCUAGGCUUAAUGAGUGUGUCAUUCAAAAAUAAACAUUGAUUCUUUGGAAAUGUUGAAUUCAAAA